UGUACAAGGGAUGUUGCACAGUUGCUGGCUUUAUAUGGGCAGUGAACAGUCAGGCAGUCAACAUUUCUUGGUCAAACUCCAGCGGAGAGACGGCGGUUCGGAAGAAAUGAAAGUCAUAACGAUUCUGUGCGCCGUGGCUGCCGUUUCGGCAUACCGUGAACCAGCACCACUCGGAAAGGAUGGUGUCGUCGUGGACACACCCGAGGUUGCGGCGGUCAAACUGGACCACUACCAUAAAUUGGCUAAGGCCGGUGGGGCGGUUCCGCAUCAGUUGCACCAUAGCCACUAUCGUCAUCACGAAUAUACACCUGUGGAUAACGGUGAAAGGUACCACGGGCCUCCCGCUCCUUUGAAUCAUGACGGAACCGUCGCUGAUACUCCCGAAGUUGCUCAUUUAAAGUCAGAACGUGUAGCGCAGCUAUCACACGCGUUCGCGAAAGUUCACCAUGCGCAUUAUGUCCAAAAGAGAUCCCUUGGACAUUAUCAAGGACCACCUGCACCAUUAAACCACGAUGGAACUGUCGAUGAUACAGUAGAAGUCAAGCAUGCAAAAGCUGUUCACUUUGCUGCAGUUGCAGACGCAUUGUCUAAGAAUCAUGUUGAAGACAAUUCAAACACGGUUUAUGAAAGAAGACUUAAUAAAUAUGAUGGAUCAUAUGAAUCUCUCAACCACGACGGAACUGUAGCACAGACCCUGGAAGUUCAGCACGACAAGACAGUCCAUUUUGCCGAACCCAACAGAGCACUCCAAACUUAUCGCAGUUUUCAUAAACGUUCUGCUCAACACGCUUACCCCGUUUUGGUCAAUGAAGACGAACAUUUGAGGUAUCACGGGCCGCCUGCUCCUCUCAACCACGACGGUACCGUAGCCGACACUCCUGAAGUCGCCUAUCUGAAAGCCGUGCGUGUCGCACAGCUUGCCCGUGCUUUCUCAGUAGCGCCAAAAGGACCGCCACUUACUCACGAAGGGAACGUAGACCACCUGCCCGAGGUGAAACAUGCGACCGCUGCUCACCUCCACGCCCUUUAUGAAGCUUAUGCUAAAGCUCCCAAAUCACAGGAGGAAAAUUAUCACUUCGUUGAAAAAAGGUCUUACGAACCGGCUGAACAUUACCAAGGGCCUCCAGCCCCUUUGAACCACGACGGUACCGUCGCUGAAACCCCUGAAGUUCAACAGUUACGAGCAGUUCAUUUGCAUACAGUCGCAGCAGCGUACGCUAGAGCACCAAAAGGAGCACCUCUUAAGCAUGAUGGAACUGUAGACGAUACACCCGAGGUAAAACACGUGAAGAACGCCAGGAUUCAUGCCCUCAUCGAUGCAUAUGCAAAAGCGCCCCAGGGAUAUUAUCAGGAGGAGGAACAGUAUCAUAAAUUGAACAAAAGGUCGUUACGCUAUCACGGCCCACCGGCUCCACUUAAUCACGACGGUACUGUUGCUGAAACACCGGAAGUCAGACAUCUCAAAGCCGAGCACUUAGCGGCAGUCGCUGAGGCAUUCGCCAAAGCGCCUAAGCAUUACAGGGCAAACGACUUCCAAGAUGACAGGAAGUAUCGCGGAUUCACACAGCCUGUCCUUUUUCAAGUUCAUCCAAAGUCCGAAAGCGGCCAGUUUUUUCACAUAGAGAAACCGCAUGUCCCUCACUUCCGCCCUGCACCCCUCAACCACGACGGCACGGUAGCUGAGACGCCGGAAGUACAAGCUAGGAAAAUUGAACAUUUAAAAGCAUAUCACAAAGUUGCCUCUCAACUAGGAUAAUUUAUUAAACUUAUCUGUUUUUAAUAAAAUUAUUUUUGGGCGUA